AUGACGGCGCAACCGCCCAAGCCCUCCAGCCAUGCAGUGAUCACGGGACAAUGGAAACCUUCGGCGACAGACCGGGCCGCGGGGCGGGUGCCCGGGUUUGGCGUGAUCACCAACAUUGUCAACGGCGGGAUUGAGUGCGGGCACGGGUAUGAUAAUCGUGUUGCCGACCGAAUCGGGUUCUACAAACGCUACUGCAACAUCUUCGAUAUCGGCUAUGGUGGCAACCUCGACUGCUACAAGCAGACCCCCUUCGCUUAA